AUGAUCAACAAUUUUUGCAGGUACGGUACUGAACGCGAGUACAAUGUGUUGGUUAUGGAUUUAUUGGGACCUUCACUGGAAGACCUUUUCAAUUUCUGUUCGCGAAGAUUUACCAUGAAGACUGUGUUGAUGCUCGCUGAUCAGAUGAUCGGUCGUAUUGAAUACGUGCACGUGAAAAAUUUCAUACACCGUGAUAUCAAGCCCGACAACUUCCUUAUGGGAAUUGGACGACAUUGCAACAAAUUGUUCCUAAUCGAUUUCGGACUUGCGAAAAAGUUUCGAGGAUCUCGCGCACCAGAACACCAUUCCUUUACCCCGCAGAGGAUAAAAUCUCAACGGGUACAAGCGCGAUAUGCAUUCUAUAAUGACUUCAUUCUUGGAAUUGAGCAGAGCAGAAGAGAUGAUAUGGAAUCCCUGGGUUAUGUAUUAAUGUAUUUCAAUCGUGGAACUCUUCCUUGGCAAGGUCUGAAAGCGGCGACCAAAAAGCAGAAGUAUGAGAAAAUUAGUGAGAAGAAAAUGUCAACGUCGGUGGAGAUGCUCUGUAAGGGUUUUCCUGCCGAAUUCCCCAUGUAUCUGAACUAUACUCGUGGGCUUCGCUUCGACGAAGCUCCGGACUACAUGUAUCUGCGCCAGUUGUUUAGAAUUCUUUUCCGUACACUCAACCAUCAGUAUGACUACACAUUCGAUUGGACAAUGCUGAAACAGAAGGCAUCUCAAUCUCAAAACACCAUGCUGCAACCAGGAGCCAGUGGUUCUCAACAGCCGAUGCCAAUUGUGUCGCCUGCUCCACCCCAGCAGUAG